AUGUCGACCACAUUUACUCCUGCAACGAAGGACACUGGCAGGAUUCUACGCCAACAGUGGCCCAUUUUGUCUUCAGAUCCAAAGCUUACGUUCACCCAUAACUUAAGUCCCAUGUGCACAAACGUGGAAGUCCUGGCCCUGGUAAAUGACACUGUGGGCACGAUGAUGACCUGUGGCUACGAUGACCAGCUGUGUGAAGUUGGCGUUAUUGUUGGAUCAGGAACCAAUGCCUGCUACAUGGAAAACCUCAGCAACAUUGACCUUGUGGAGGGGGAUGAGGGCAGAAUGUGCAUCAAUACAGAGUGGGGUGCCUUUGGAGACGAUGGCUCCUUGGAUGAUAUAAGAACAGAGUUUGAUAAAGAAAUAGACUUGGGAUCAAUGAAUCCAGGAAAACAACUAUUUGAGAAGAUGAUCAGUGGUCUCUACAUGGGAGAACUUGUCAGGCUUAUACUCUUAAAAAUGGCAAAGCAAGGCCUCUUGUUUGCUGGGAAGACGUCAACUGCUCUGCGUACAAAAGGCAAAAUUCAAACAUGUCAUGUGGCCUCCAUGGAGAAAUACAAUGAAGGAUUAUAUAAUACUCAUCAGGUUUUGUCUGACCUGGAGCUGGAUCCAUCAGAGGAUGACUGCAUAGCUGUGCAACAUGUCUGCACCAUAGUUUCUUUCCGAUCAGCCAACCUCUGCGCAGCAGCUCUUGCCGCCAUCCUGAAUCGCCUUCGCAAAAAUAAAAAGCUGGAGAGAAUGAGGACAACAGUAGGAAUGGAUGGAACGGUUUACAAAACCCACCCUCAGUACGCUAAACGCCUGCACAAAGUGGUGAGGAGAUUAGUCCCCAACUGUGACGUUCGCUUUCUACUCUCAGAGAGCGGUAGUGGGAAGGGGGCCGCAAUGGUCACUGCAGUAGCUUGCAGAUUACUGUCCCAACACCAACAAAUCAAUGAGGUUCUGGCGGUGCUGAAACUCACCGAUAAGAACCUCUCUGAUGUUAAAAUGAGAAUGAUGCAAGAAUUUAAAAACGGACUGAGAAAAGAAACUCACGCCACAGCAUCUGUGAAAAUGUUACCAACGUAUGUUUACGGCACACCGGACGGAACAGAGAAAGGCAAGUUCCUGGCCCUAGACCUGGGUGGAACAAACUUCCGUGUCCUACUUGUAAAGAUUCGAAGUGGACGUAGACGCUAUGUACGAAUGUACAACAAGAUCUUUGCUAUUCCUUUGGAAAUCAUGCAAGGGAGUGGUGAAGAGCUAUUUGACCACAUUGUGGAAUGCAUCGCCGAAUUCCUGGAUUACAUGGGGAUUAAGGGGGCCCCUCUGCCCCUAGGAUUCACCUUCUCCUUCCCUUGCAAGCAGGAGCGCAUUGAUAAGGGAACACUUGUCAGCUGGACUAAAGGAUUUAAGGCCACAGAGUGCGAGGGGCAUGAUGUUGUUGAUAUGUUGCGAGACGCCAUUAAAAGGAGGAAUAUAUGAGAAGAUGACCAGUGGCAUGUACCUGGGAGAGAUUGUCCGGCAGAUCCUUAUUGACCUAACCAAGCAUGGCCUGCUAUUUCGGGGGCAGAUAUCUGAGCGCCUGAGGACCAAAGGAAUAUUUGAAACCAAAUUCUUAUCUCAAAUUGAAAGUGACCGUCUGGCUCUUCUUCAAGUUCGAAGGAUUUUGCAGCAGCUGGGACUAGACAGCACUUGUGAUGACAGUAUAAUUGUGAAGGAGGUUUGUGGUGCCGUGUCACGUCGAGCAGCCAUGCUGUGUGGAGCAGGACUGGCGGCUGUGGUGGAUAAAAUCCGUGAAAAUCGCGACCUUGAUCAGCUCAAGAUCACAGUGGGUGUGGAUGGGACCCUGUACAAGCUUCAUCCUCACUUUUCCAGGAUUCUGCAGGACACUGUACGCAAUCUGUCCCCUCAGUGCGAUGUUACAUUUAUGCUGUCAGAGGACGGAAGUGGAAAGGGCGCUGCACUGAUCACUGCGGUGGCAAAACGGUUUCAUGGCCGUGGUGAUGAAACAGAGACCCAGAAGAGCAACCAAGAAUAGUUACUGGAGCCGCAUGUUACGGGGCCUCGGGGAUCUACAAACAGUUAUAUCUGGUAGAUAAAGUAAGACAGUAAGUGGCACCUCCACCUCUAAUGCAGUAACGCUACGCCAGGGAACCAGGAUCCAUUCUAUUAUUGAUGAGAAAUAAACAGCUGGAAGUCCGUUUGCACUAAUACGUUAUAGUUCUCUGUAAAACGAUGAGUUUGUAACUAUUUACGUUAUUUUUACAACACCUGACAAAUAAUAAUCUGAUUUUUUCCUGUAAUAUCAUUUUCUACAAAUAAAAUCUCUCUCUCUCUAAUAUA